AUGGCGUUCAUGGCGCAUCACAAGAAGGUGGAUGCUGAGACUAGCGAGGGCAUGGAACCACGAUUUCGUCCCAUCGCGCCCAAGCCCAUGCCGUCGCCGCCACCGCUGAUGCCUAUUGGCGGCAAGGUAAGUAGCAUUCAAUGGCAGGCGCAGAAGCGCAUCCGGCAGGACUAUCCUGUGCCAUCUCCGGUGUUAAAGAGGGAGAGGGAUGCGAUGUCUUACCCUUCGCCUCCGUUCUGGUGGGCCACCGGAGAUGUUGAGGCACCCAUGGUGACAAGAGGAUGGUGCAUGCCUAAGAUUUUUCUUCCAAGUCAUGAAGAGCAUCUCCGAAGACUUUCUCUUGAGGGGUCUUUUGCUUCAUCAAGGCCGCCGUUGCCGGAUGCGGAACGUUUGUUCCUGAUAGAGCGUGACCUGAUCUCUAAGUUGCAGGUGCCUAAGGUCAUUAAACCCCAUCCCACUCGCCCCAAGCGCACCACCAUCUGCAUCGACUGCAGCAAUAUCGUUGAGUCCACCACAUGGUUGGUGGAAGUGGCUGUGUCCAAGAAGACAACGAGGGAAGUGGAGGCUGAGCUGGAGCUGCCCAACGCACUCCCAGCCAUCGUAUCGGGCUGCAACAAUAACCGUGUCCACCUAACAAAUGACGCAUACAAGAAGAUGGUGGGUCAACCACUAUGCCCGUGGCUCAACUCCCUACUGGGAGCCGGUGCAUCAAGGAGGAUGAACGGUGAGGUGGUCCUGUAUGUGCAAAUGUUCAGCAUCGUGUCAUGCUUGCCAAGUAACAGGUGCGCGUUCCCAUGCACUGCAAAGAUCUCAUGGCAGCAUGAGGACGGCACUGCCUCUCUCAUUGUGCCUUGUGCAGUUGAGCACCUGACUGGUAACUCCGACGACUAUUGCUUCAUUUGGAGGUUUGACUCCAAGAAAUCAUCCAUCAUGUACUCCUUUCCAUAA